AGUCCGUCCGGUCGUGUAGUGCGGAGAAGUGUGCUAGCGUACUCACGGAGUUUCGAGUGGGUUUUGUUACACGCGAAUAUACAGUAAAAUGAGUAUAAUUAAUAAGUGCCUUGGCCUAUGUAGGACCGUUUUAAAGAGAAGAAUCCUGGCAAGUGGUUGGUGUCACUUAAACGUCGCGGAAAGGCACGCCGAGGACAGAUGCUCCCCCGCCAUUCACACGUCGUGCGCACGGAGAGACCUCAUGGAGUUUUUCGAGCCAAAGGAUAACUGGGGAGCUCAGGAAGUCAAGUCGGGUAAAUCUUGGAGCACAGAUGAACUGAGGAUCAAGAGCAACAGCGACCUUCACAAGCUCUGGUAUGUGCUACUGAAGGAGCUCAACAUGCUCCUCACCAUGGAGGAAGCCGCAAAGGAAGCCUGCGAGUACUUCCCCAGCCCAGAACGAAUAGACAAGGUCCGGGAGAGUAUGGACAACCUGGAGACCGUGGUGCGGGAGCGCAAUGAAGCCUACUUCCUCCUCGAGACUGGGGAGACCGGGGAACAGCCGUGGAUCCUCAGGGAAAACAUCUUUGGCCUCGUCACAAAGUACGCCAAGCGUGAGCACCUGGUGCCUCGGAACUCGAACCCCAAGGGCUACUUCCUGCUGUGGCGCAACAAGGACCUGGCCGACUUCCUGCGGCUGUAUCGAGAGAAGGCCCUGAACAGGGAGGAGAACUUUGCUCGGAGGGACCGCCUCAAGGUCAUGAGCCUGCUGAAGCGCUUCCCGCACACGGACAGGGCGGUGCUCGCCCAGCAGUACCCGGGCGUGGACCUGGACAAGGUCGAGGAGCUGCUGUCCCUGAACAUCUUCACUGGGUACGCCCAGCACUGACCGGCUGGGGACACUCCGGACGUGCCUAGAUAAAGGAUUUGCAACAGUU